AUGCGUUUGUUUAACGACUUCACCAAUCAGUAUCAGAAGAUAACAAAACCUUUCAAGGGCCAACUUGGUGAAGAAGAAGUUAAGAAAGGAACAGCAGCCAUCUUUAAGGUAGCAGUCGCAUUCGAGAAAUUGGUUCUCAACUACAGCAGGUACCACCUGAAUAGGACGAAACUGUUAAAGAAGAUGACUGACAGUAGAAUGGGUGAGUCAAAUGUCGUCAUUUCAGAUUUGUGAAACUUUGUUGAUUAAAUAAAUAAUGACCAACAAAAGACCACUAGGCUGUCUAAAAUAAUGAAUAAGGGGGUAAGUUUCUAAAGAAACUGUGGUGCUGCGUUGUUGGGAGAGCAUAACAGGGUAAUUAAGUAUUAUUUACUGAACUGGUAACGCAAACUGGCCUCCGUAAAGAAUUGGCGUUUCGAGUUUUAGCCCUUCGUCAUAGCGAUUGACGAAGGGCUAACUAAAAUAAUGGCUAACCUGUAGCCUGGCUUGAAGAAAUAAGCUAUGCGCGUUACUUCUCAAAGGACGCUCGGAAAUAAUUUCACGCGCUUCAAAUCCUUAAGUCUCCUUUCUUUUGUAUUGAUAUAAAUAGAUGCAGAUAGAAAUUUGUAAAUCCUUUUUUUUUUCUAUUUGGAUGUGAAAAAAAAUUCCGACAUUUUUAUGACGUCUUUAGAAUAUUACAUUUCACCUUUGUCAAAUAAAACUGAAUCGCUUUAAGACAAUAGUGUGGCGUUACCACCAGCACCUUUGCUUGGAAACCUGGCACAUCAACUCCGUCCACGCUCCUUUAAAUCGUGAUGACGGCGGCUUACUUCAUUACGCUUAUUUAUACCUUGUCAGAAAAAAAAGGGAAGCUAAUUAGUAUAAAAGGACUUCUUGUUGCAGCGUUUAGAUCACCCCUGACGAAGGCAUUAGGCAGCAGUGGUCGAAACGUUGGGUCUCUGAAUUGAAACUUCUCGGUUACAUUAAUGAAAUCUUUAAACCAUGGCAGCAUGAAACCAUGUCUGAGUGUGGCUCAUUUUUUAGACUUCGCAUGUAUAUUCAAAUAUGCUAUAAAAUUCUAAAACGGCAGUUACUUUGUUACGGUGUAAUUCAUUCAACAGAAGUAAUACUACACUCCUACAAACCCAACUACUUUAUCAACCAACGUGUAAUACUUAUUACUAAGAAGUUAAGCGACCCUAUCUUACCUUAACCUUUUACAGAUUAUAACUUUGAUGCCACUGACAAAAAAAUAGAUGUUUCCUCCAAACCCUCCUGAAAUGUGUCAUCUUUAAACUAAAUCAUAGUAGCUCUCUCUCAGUAUAGUUUUCCAGACAGACAAUCACGACCGGAAACAACAGCUACUUCUCUUAGAUGACUAGAUAUAAAUCUACAACGUAUUGUAGAACUUUUCAGAGGCUUACAGUUCAAUUAUUCUGGUAGAAUUAAAUCAUGAUUACAUAUAACCUAAUAGAAAGUUCUGGAACGUUCCAUGCUAAGUCAUCAGAAGGCUGGAGCAUCCAUGUCACAAUAACAAGCCAUUCUAGAAAUCUCCAGAAUCUACUUUUUACAGUAAUUGUUUAUUACAUUUCCGUCUUAUCUUUUCCUUUCUCCGACAGUUGUACGUAUGAAGAUUGGCUACCAGAAUGAUCCGAAUAACUUCCUUCUCGAGGAAGAAGAAUGGCAAACCAGCAUUAACAUUUCCUCUGCAAACUUUGCCAAGAAUGGUAGACACCAUUUAAUCUCAAAAUUGUGCAAUGCCAUUUUGCUACCGAUUAAUGCUUCAUUUCUGUAGUGCUUCUACGAAGUCUUCCACAUUCUGACUUAAAAGUGCGUUUGGUUGAAUAUCUGAAAAAAGGCUAAUAAACACGUAAAAUGUGUCGCUAUAUUUAUGUUUUAGGUCUCAAGAAGUAAAAAAAUUAACCAAAAAAAGGCAGCUUGAUUGAAAUAUUCUAGUAAAGUCUGGGAUGAAAAUCUGAGGAAGAAUAAUAAAUGUUGUAAUGAUGCAGUAUCCAAUAUAUAGUAACAGUUGGCUAGGUAAAAUACUUGUGUUGGGAGGUCAAAUAAAUAGGUUUGAUCUUAAGACUCUAUGUAUGUUUCGGUGUUCGAAAAGCGUAUUGAAUUGUAUUUUUGAAUAGCCCCAUUUAUUUUAUAGCUGGCGGCUGUUGUGGGCUAUAUGAAGCGAAUCAUGUGUUCUGGUUUUUCUUUUCUUUUCUUUUGGAACAAUGUUGUAGAAAAAUAAGAUUACCUUUAAGGCUAAGGCUUUGUUUUGAAUAAGUAUGGGGUUACGCCAAAGCCUCUCCGCGGUUUGUAUGUCUUUUUUGUUUAUUUGUUUGCUCAGGGUCCGUGGUUGUAGGAUGUUUGUACAAAGAUCUCCAUGAAUUGCUGCUGGCUAAGCAGUCCAUUGGGAAUGAAACUCACAAUUCAAGGUGACCUUAAUACGUAAUAUAUUAGAGAAUUGGUUCAUGCUUAAUGUGAGUGCGUUGAGUUGCAUGCUAUGCUAAGCCAUAAAAAACACAGGCUUAACCAAACCACGCUUAACCUUGAUGCCAGCCAUCUUAUAAGAAAUUAUUAAGCAGUGCCAUUUCCAGUUUCCUGCGACGUUUGACUAUCACAAUUUUAAUAGCUAAAUGUGGCGAAGUCCUCAGUCAAUAAUUUGUACAACAUCUAAAGACAAUUUGCAAAUGUUUUGGCUAUUUGUCAACCUCUAAAUCGCAUAUGGGGCUAAAACAUUCUUUUUUUACCGUUAAUUCCUAGAGGACUGACCUUCUUGUUGUGUUGAGUCAAUUCAAACGAAAUGAAAUUUAUUCCUAGGCCGUUGAGGAAAAAAAGCAUUGCAUGUUUUGGAGUGGCUUCAGCAAGAGGUAAAAACAUAUAAUAUCACAUUAACUAAUUUGUUUUGAAAUAAAUUUAUUCUUUAACGUUUAAAAUAACGUUAUCAUCAUCAAUUUAUUAUCAGUUUGUCUGUCGCUUCCAGAGAACUUUCCAUAUGAGUUUAAUGUUUAUUAUUCUCUUCCUGUAAAUGAUGGGAUGAGAGGGCAUCUUGAGAGUCAAAAUAUAUUUCAUAAAUUAAACUAGACCUGCCUCCAGAAUGAACCUUUCGACACUCUGCUUGUUUCAAACCAAAUUGCUUAUCUCACAUUCUUUUUUUUUUCUUUUUUUUUUUCAUUUGUCAUAUUCAUUUACUUUUUCAGUCCAGACGGGUACUCAGAGGAUGGUUGUCAUGUAGAUACAGCGAAGAGUAACUCAGAAGAAACAGUUUGUAGAUGCAAUCAUUUGACUUACUUUGCUGUCUUAGUUGAUUUUGACAGUGGUCGUACAAAGGUAAUUUUUUUUAAUCAUCUAUAUAAAUUUUUAACGUACUUCCACCGUUGGGUCCACUGAUCAAUUUUUUUGUUUCCAAUUUCUGAUACAGCUCUCCAAGAAGGACGGAACGAUCCUGGAGACUAUCACGUACGUAGGGUUAAGUCUUUCCAUCAUCGGGAUGCUUUUGACAAUCGUCUUUCAUUCUUUCUUCAGGUAUGUACUGUUGCCAAACAAUCACUUAUGACUUUGAACCUGAUUUCAUAAAGUUGGCCAGGGUGUGCAAAACUAGAUUUCAAAAAUCACUUUUGGCAAUUGCCAUUUGAAAGACCAUGGCGCUUAUUGGAUUAGGCAAUCAAUGACCGAAAUCCAUGCAGUAUGGGACGAGUAGCACUCGCUAUCAUACACCAUCUGGUUAAUCUGCUCUCGAACCGCCUUAAAAAAUAAAAUGUAAAAAGCAGUAGUGUUCCUUCCAAUUUCCUUGCAACUAGAUAUACUAUGCAUGCUGAAUAUUUCUUGUAUUUAUUCAUAUAUUCAAAGUUCAUUCGUUUUCUCCUAUAGACUUUCAGUUACGUUCGCCUUUGAUAACUAUCACUGCUUUAUUUUAUCUUUGUAUAUAUAUAUUUACUUCAUCAGAGAUGUUCGUCAACCUCUAUCACAAAUACGUUUAAGUCUUUCUGCGUCCCUCGGAGCUGGACAAAUAAUAUUUCUUGCCGGGAUAAACACCACAGAAAACAUGGUACGUUGCAUAUCAUGCAUGGAAGAAAUUGUUAUUUAACACUUCAGAUUUUUCACAGCCAGUAGCAUGUUGUUUCUUUCUCUCUUGUAGGCUGCUUGUAUCACAGCAGCAGCUCUUAUGCAGUAUUUUCUGAUGGCCGCUUUCUGUUGGAUGCUGGUCGAAGGAAUUUAUCUCUAUCUGUUUGUUGUAAAGGUUUACAACAUCAACACUAAGAUGCACAUGUACCACGUCAUAUCAUGGGGUAUUUAUAACUAUUUAUUGCCAUAUUUGGUAUAUUAUUCCCCGACAUACACUUCAUUCUUCGUUUUCUCUAUUUGUAGGUCUUCCUGUCGUCAUGGUAGCCAUUUCAUUGAGCAUUGCUGCUGGAAAAGAAGGGAUGAAAAGCUUUACCAAUGAUAAAUAGUAAGAAAAAACAUUUGAUGUUUUCUUGUUUCCACUAUAUUUCAGUUAUGGUGGUGAUUUUUCUUUCUUUUUUUUUUUCCUUGUCUCAAGUUGCUGGUUGUCUUCAACUAAUAAGCCGAUCUGGAUUUUCGUGACAUUCGUGGCGUUUAUCGAAUUAGUAAGUUUAUGACUAAUUGAUGUCAUAUGAUUAUUUUUAUUCAUAUUUUCGAAUUGAAUAUCAUGUUUCUCUCUAUCGAAGACAAUUGUCUGUGUUUUUUUUCCAAAUCAUAAUCAUUGUUAUUAUUUUUUAAAAUGUUUAUUCAGUUUAACAUUUUGAUAUUUGUGCGAGUCAUAAAGGAGAUAACUACACUCGUAGAACCAUUAGCGGAAGACAACUAUGCUCAGCAAAUAAGGUAUGACUUGAAAUUAAAUUUAAAAAAAAACAUUAUUUUUGAUAAGGCAUGGACUUGUUUUAGCAAUGUGAGUUUAAAUAAUUGCGAUGUUAUUUCUCCAAACUUAAAUGGCUUUUCUCAUGGAGUUUUCCAGUUCUUCCCAAGGAAUCAUUAAACGUCGAGGGGAAACAAAAUCCACUGAAUCCUUCGAGGCCCGUCGCAUUACAUUUAGUAGAAUUACCUUGUUCUAUGAUACUCGCUUAACUCUCUGAUUAAUCUGAAUCAGUGGGUGGUCUUACAGUGAUAAAAUUUGGGGGGAAAAAAGGAAAAAAACUAACUCUCAUGCCGCGUUGCAAUUGUUCUCAUCCUUUAGAAUUGGCGUUAAAGCGGGCGUGGUGAUGAUUCCCCUGCUGGGCGUUUCGUGGUUGUUUGGUUUUCACUUACAUUUUUACCAUCCUCAACUCUACGCAGGUUAGCUUAAACUCGUGAUUCGUGAUAUUGAAAUAAUCACGCUAGAAAAAGGAAAAUCUCGUUGUUGGUAUGCUUGUAGACAUUUUAGUUGUAACGAGAUCAAUUUGGUCUUAGAGGAAACUAUACUAUAAUUGAUUACUUUGUAUAUUCAUAACAAAAAAGUUCUUACCACUUUCUAUGUCACUCUUACAAUUGUCAGAGGUUUUAAUACUAACACCACAUUCAUACCAAAGCCCAAACUUACUUAACCUUUUUUGUCUUUCUGUUUCCUUGUUUCUUUUUUAUUCGGUUUUAUCAUAGAAGCGGCUUAAGGUAAUUUUUGUGCGCGUCCAGUUUAGCACGUUGAAAAUACAAGUUAGUGAUCACCUGGAAAUCAUAAAAAAUACAUUUUCAGCUCGCUGUUGCUGAUUUCCAAUUAGUUUAACCUGGUCCAACUAAUGAACUUUUUUUCUGGUUUAAAUGGGAUAAAAAUUCAGCUUAAUUCAUUCAAGAAACCCAACAUGACCCUUAACCCUUCAUACAUUACAAAAGAAAAUCAAAGUGCUCUGUGAGCAAACUCGUGAAUUGACACAUGAUUUUUUAGAUUAUGUUUAAUGUUAUCUGGUUUAGGGAUUUUGUGGUUGAUUGUCAUAUCUAGAGUACGAGCAGUAGUUCAGUGUUCGCUAAUGUCACUUUGGAUCUCCGCCUGGGUAGAUUUAAGUCACGUGCUAGGCAACGUACAAUCAAUAACAAGAUAGAAUUUCAUUUCAGGCCUAUUUAUCAAUUUUGUGGUGUGUAACUUUCGCAUUUUAGUACGUUGUAUGUAUGUUGAAUCUUCAAAUUGUCUUGAAACUUAAAAGAAAAUUGUUCUUUAAAAAUUCACUGAAAAUCGGUAGCUAAAAUUGUUUGUUUAGGUGUUAUUUGAUUUUCGUGUUAACUUGUUAUUUCGUCAGUCGCCGGCAUCUUUUGUUGCUUCACACAGGAAAAACACACGCAACGAAACGUAAUGAUCAAUUUUGUCCUCAAUCUCACGUUAUAACAGAAAAAGCUUUUGAACAUCUGUAAACUCCGAGCGCUUAGCAGUAAGUGAUAUUUUCAAUCAGUGAAUCAUCGGAUUGUUUUCAAGUUCAAGGAUUGUAAAUUACAAUUUUAUGAAAAACGAAGGUUGUUCUGUUGUUUCAAUGUGAAUCCUUGCAUCCUCGCUUGUUGAAACUAAAACGCAAAAAAAAACUCUUUUAAGAUUAUCAUUGGCUUCUUUUUCACCCCACCACUAUUCUUAGCAACAAAGGUCGCCAUUUCGUCUGUUUAUUGCUCGCCAAAAACUAUAAAAUGCACUCAAAAGCCUAAAAUCUAAAAAAAGUUUACAGGAAUCGACCAAUCGAGCGAGCGAGCGAGCGAGCGAGCGAAUUCCAUUCCCCACAUCGUAUCUAUAACUCGCUCUUGCGCAUGCGCGCAAUUCACGAGUUAAAAAUGAUUCUCAACCCUUUUUUUUUUGUUUGUUUUAGGGCUUCCUGAUUUUCGUGCUGCAUUGUGUGCGAAACACCCAGGUGAGAUGAACUUUGAAAAACAAUUUUUUAUCUUUUUUUUGAAUUUUUAUGAAUUUUUUAAUUAUGUAGAGUGAAAAUUUUUCCGCUUUUCCACCUUCAGAUUCAAGAGCGAUUCAAACGAAAGCUGAACACUGUUUUUCCAUCUGUAUAUACUAA